AUGUUAUCAACUCGUAAAAAGUCAUGUGCUGCUUGCGUGGCUGGCAAACGGCGGUGCGAUCUCGACUUGCCUACUUGCGCUCGGUGUAAAAGAGCGAAGAAGGAGUGCGUCUAUCCCUGGAUGGCAUUUGGGAGUCCAGAUCAGACGCUUGGUCUGAAUUCAUCUCCAACGAGCGCAGAAAGUGGUAUUGUCCAAGAUGUGAAUGGGAUCUGGGCAGCGAGUGCCAAUAAUAGCAGCAAUAGCGAGGAUGGCAACCUGGAUGCCGUAUCAGGUCAUCUAUCACCGCAUCCGUCUCUAACGGUGCCCAGUCCGCUGGUACCUGGCUUGCUGUCUCAGCUAGACGGGUACAUUUCCCAAAACCAGGAUCAGGCCGUGCUGUCAUUGGGCCCGAGUCCCCGGCUGAUGCAUGCCCUUUCAUCGGGCCAACAGUCUCCCGCAUCGGACUACUCCACCCCCGAAUUUAUAUACUUUGACAUAUCAAACACUCCUCCGACCAUCGGGGCCGUGUUUCAGUCCAGAACGGAGUAUGCGGCCGACCGUCUUGCCUCGCAGCCGCAGAUGCUGGCCAUGACGGGCCACAACUGUUUCAUCCACCACACACAGGUGUCGUCGUCAGAAGUGCUGCAGGAAGCUCUCGCCGCAAGUGCCCUACAUUGCAUGAGGAACACGGCCAAUGCGGCGCUCGUGCGAGGCGAGGUUGCCAAGCGAGUGGUUCGUCUCAUUGGGUCCAUCCGACACGCCAUCACCUCCGCAUCUGAUGAUGCUGCUGCUAGCGGUGGUGUUGGCAGGGGACUCGACCUGCUCCCUGUGCUGCAAGCCCUAGUCGUCUAUCAAUGCAUUCGCUACUUUGCAAGAGACGACGUCAGCGAACGGAUGCGCGCAGAACGGGACGAAGCCAUUGUGCAAUCUCUGCUAGCAGCCCUGUAUCCGCGCCUCCGGUCCUUUUCCAAGAGCAUCGACAGCUGGGACGCCUGGAUCUACUAUGAGAGCAUGCGCCGCACCAUCCUCACCGCCGAGAUCCUAUCAGGCACGUAUCUGUUCCUGAAGCAAGGCUGGGACCAAGUCGAGGGCCGCACGCUGCAGCUGCAGUUCACGGCGCAGGUGGCUCUCUGGACGGCCAAGUCGGCGGUGGAAUGGGAGGCGAUGCGGACGCGGGGGCCCAAGCUUGAGGUGACGAUGCAGUCGUGGAUUGAAGAUACCCGAGAGGCGCUGCCGGAGGACUUGGACGAUUUGGGCCAUGUGAUUUGGGCGCUGCAUCAUGGGCUUGAGUUGAUGAAGAAUUGGCAGGGUGGGAAGGCUGAGGGACGAUGGGGGCUGCAGCCUGUGAUGGAGAGUUGGAGUUGA